GAGCUGUAACUAUAUAUAAUGAGGAGGAAGACGGACAGAAACAGAAAUGGCUGAUAAGUGUGAUCUGUGUCUGCUGGGACUGAUCAUUCUCUCUUCACUUCUCACAGGCACCAGUGGAGUGGAGGAUGUGUUCAUCAGUUCUGGUGAAAAUGUCUCUCUGCCCUGUAAUAAAACUCUUCCUGACUGCAAAUCACUAUGGAUCUACGUUAACACCUUGAGACAUUCAGGAGGAGUUAUACUUAUUAAUAGAGGGAUAAAGAAUAAAGACAUAGAGAGACAUGAGAGACUGAGUCUGCAGUCUGACUGCUCUCUGAACAUCAAGAACGUCACAGGAGAAGAUAAUGGAUAUUACAGCUGCACACAAUAUGUGAAUGACAGACAACAAGUACAUUAUGCUGUUUAUCUGCAUGUUCUUCAUGUUUCAGUGUCUCCAUCAUCAUCAUCUUCAUCAUCAUCAACAUCAUCUUCAUCGUCCUCACAGACUGAGAUCAGUCCAGGCCGCUCUGUGACUCUCUCCUGUCAGCUGUAUAGUCGAUUCUCCUGUGAUUAUUGGGUCAGUUCUGAGGGAAUUGAGCUGUUGUGGGUGAAUCAGGCUGGUGUUGAUCUGAAGACAGACUCCAGAUAUCAGAUAUUAUCAUCAUCAUCUCCUGAUCGCUGUAUCCUCACUCUGACUACAACACUCCUGAAUGAAGAUGACAACAGAGAGUGGAGAUGUCAGCUUAUUCGCAGAGAAAGCAACUCCAGACCUCAGUCACAUACACUGUCAAGUAUUCAGAUGAUGUGUCUGAACAUUCAUCUUCUGCAGCUCCAGUCGAUUCACCAACACUGACUCCAGUCA